AAGAGACGCCGCCAGUUGGUUCCGCGCACAGCGAACAAAGUGAGACGCCAGAUUUACCUCAGACUAGCAGGACAGAAUGAGGACAAAGGUGUGACAUGGCAGUGCACGUGUUUGGACACCACCGUGACCUUUCACUCACCCCUGGUGGGGGAGUUGUUGUCACGAAUGCCCAACUCUAGCAACGAGUUCCCGAUUCGCCAUGGAUACUCUCACAACAAGUGUGCCAGUCGGGGCAGCUGGUGGGCAGCCCUCGGACUCCAUGUCCCAUGAGCCUCAGCAGACCCAGACGUCUCAGGCAGGGAAGCUGAGGAAGACGGCCUUCAGGUUUUUCAGAGGACGCAAAAGCAUAUGUAUGCUGCCGAACUUUUUCGGAGGACGAGGGAAAGGCCAAGGAAGGCUUUCAUCCAAAACUGGCGUAACCAAGAGCCAGACAUAUGAUGGAGUGAGCAAAGCAUGCUGGGAGGAAAGUGUUAGGGGCAGUGGCGAUGCGACUUCGGUGGACUUUGAGUUCCACAGCCCAAACGGGUCCGGGGAUGCGCAGAAAUCGCAGUCCCUUCCCCGGCAGCGGAGGGGCCUUCGGGGCCUGCUCAGCAGCAUCAAACGGCACCGCAAGAGCAGAACCGCCGAACCAGAAAAGAACGAGUCCCUCGAAAUGUCAUCAGCUGAAACGGUGCCUAGCGCCCCGCCUAAUGUUGGUAGUCACGGCGAUGAUGACGUGGGAGUGGCAGCGGUGCUGGACGGGGGCGUUGCAUCCAGCGGUAGUGAGUCUGGAUACGUACCUCGCUCUGCUCUUUCUGAAUGUAUGAAGGAUGAAACGCUGCUUCCUGAGAAGUGGAGGAGCACAGUUUGGGCAAAAGAGGAAGAAGAGAGGAGGGACGAUGAAGGGCUGGAUGAGGGGAACGAAGGAGACAGAGGGGGGACAGGUGGCUUAGCUUCGUACCGGCAGCCUCUGUCUGCAGACUCGGAGAUGACAUGCCUGGCUGAAGGGAAUGCAGACCUGACUGAGGCCGAGAUGCCCCCCACAUCCGCUGCCUCGGACAGCGACAACCUCAUGUUUGGAGAGGUGUCCUCUCUGAAGAGCUUCGACUCCCUAACUGGUUGCGGAGACAUCAUUGCGGAUCAGGACGAUGUCGGCGUUGCGGAGAGCUCGGUGUCGGGCGAGAGGGGUGGUCGCAACGCGGGCAAGCGAAGCUCUUGUCUCGUCACCUACCAGGGAGGCGGAGAGGAAAUGGCUACCCCAGACGAGGUGGACAGCCAGUACUUGCACAGCCUGUGGGAGUCAGACGUGGGUGCGGAGGUCUGCUACCUCCCCUCGGACCAGACCGACAGUCCGUCCAUAACCCCCGACCAGCCAAUCAGCUCCUUUCACAUCACCACCAGUAGCAGUGGCCCCACGAGCACCAGCACUUUGGGAAUCACAGAAACGGUCCUCACACCUACCGACCUUUUGACCCCACAGAGUGACCGGCAGGAGUCAGUGCCAAACAGCGACGAGGGCUACUACGAUUCCACCACACCAGGAGCUGACGAGGAGACACGCGAACGUCCUCAGCAGGAAGGACUUCCCCGGGACAGCUAUAGUGGAGACGCCCUUUAUGAGCUCUUUGAGCCCGACGAUCGGUUACUCAGUCCUCCUCUGCCCUCGAAGGAUAGUUGUGGCUUUUUGGGGUCAUCCCUGCAGGUUGAGAAGGGCAAAGGAGACCUGCUGUUUGCCCUGACAUCUGCCGCCUUGGAAACCAUUGCCAUGGAAACUGAGGAAGAACGCCUGAGUAAGAUCCAGCAUGCCUUGCUGUGCUGUGAGCUGCAGACACUCAGUAGCCCAUCCAAAGAUCUGUAUUGUGGUGAUUGUUUCUAUGGUGACACGGAACCUCUUGAAGCUAAUUGCAAAAGCUCAGUAGAGGAAGGGCUCCAUCAGAAGGGAUCCCAGUUGCUAAAAGAGGCUUUGUCUCCAACUGGGGGCCCCAUGUAUGGACCGGCAGCAGUGUCCAGGUUUAGUCCACACCCCCCAAAGUCCCUCAGCACCCUACAGAGCACGGUGUUGUAUUCUGAGCAGGAACGGUGCAAAGUUACAAGUUUGAGCUCCUUACCGCCAUCCAGAGGCUGCAGUCAGUCUCAAGAGGAACUGAUGGUGUGUUUCUCGCAAGCGCUCAUGGACUUUACCAAAAAUGCCCGCCGCUACCGCAACUCCACGGAGAGUCUGGAUGGCUCAGAGUCUAGUUCGCCCUUCGGGCAGACCCUGAGUGCUCUUCCCACCAUCGUCACCUUCGACGUCGUGGACAUGGAGAACGAGGAAGACUGUGAACAGCAGACGGAGCUUGUGGAGGAAGAGGAGGAGCUGACAUCCCCGUUCGAGCCGUUCGAGGAAGACAGCAGCUACCUCCAACAAGACGCCUUCGCCGAGUGCGACCAGAGAGCCUUGGACAGCUACGAGCAGAGCCUGUUGCUGAGCAACGCGUGGGGCAUCACAAGUCUCCCACGCCACCUCAACCUGGGCCGGCCAUGUGCUCCCGUCCCUACCCUGCUGGGACUUAACCGACGGAGCCGCUCUCUGGACACGGACAGCCUGGAGUCCCAGACUGGUGAGCUUUAUGCCCCUCUCCCUGCACAUGCGCCCAAGAUGGCCAUUGCUUUCCAUCGCAGGAAGAGCAGCCUGGAAGCUAUGGAGGGUCGUGGGGUGGUCUUACCACGGCAACCGAGGAGGGGCCACUCAGAUGGUUGGAGGGAGGGGCGUGGCUGUGAACUUCGCUCCAACCAGGAAAGCAUCCCUUCAUCUCAGCAGCCGCAGAAGUUCUCGCACAGCAGCCCUUGGAUGGAGACGAUGCCGAGUUGUCCUUCUAGCUGUCAGUCAUCUCUCAGGCCCUCCCACCUCCCCCUACAGGGGGCGUGUCGCAACGCUAGCCCGGCUUGUGUCAGCAGUGGCGGUGCUGAAGGGGAUAUUGUUGCCGGAAGUGGUGACGUGCUGUACCCUUGCAGUUACCCCCCUGGAGGAAUGCAGUGGAACAGUCGACCAGUUGGUAUCACCCAGGGUAUACCCCACCUCCGCUCUGACCAAUCAGAACCAAGAGAACUCGCAGCCAAAAGUAGGAGGGCAGAUAUGAAAGGGAGCAUUGUCCGUAGCAACACCUGACUGCACUACGUACACAGGGACCUUUUUCAGCAAAACCAGCUCUCACACCUCGACAGGUGAGACGUUCACCCCGCGUGACUGACGGCUGAUGGGGGUACCCUCGCGCAGCAGGAGUUAGUGGUUGUCAAGGAAACUGGCUUGAGCGAUUGCACGGCGAAGUCUGACCAUUUCGCGCUUCGCUCGCACAAGGUGAAGGGGGUUCAAUAAACGUGCGAGUCGUAGCGUCUAGAACGGAAGCGCUGUAAAUACAGAGCAUUGAGAUGUUACGUACUUCCGGCACGUUUACGUGCAGCUGUGCAGUGUGUGCGAUGGUGUGCCUCGCUGCCCGACUGCAGUUCCGUAAAGGAGGGGCGCCUCCUAGUGCCUGCCUGCACUACUGCACAGAAACAGCCGAGCCCGUGGCCUCGUCAUAACAGGCACAGGUGAUGCCAUGUCUGUAAGCAGUCAUUUGAACCUUUAUAAAAUAUACACACACACACACACAAUUUAUACACUGAUCAGUCAUAACAUUAAAACCACCCGACUAAUGUGGUGUAGGACUCUGGUUUAACCUAAACAGCUCUAACCCAUCAAGGCCUGGACUCGACCUCUGAAGGUGUCCUGUCUCUGGCACUGUAAAAUGAGAGGUGGAGCCUUCAUGGACUUAUUUUUACAGCACAUCCCACAGAUCUGAUUGGAUUGAGAUCUGGGGAAUCUGGAUGCCAUGUUGACACCUUGAACACUUUGUCAUGUUCCUCAAACCAUCCCUGACGUGUAGGAAACUGCUGUGUGACAGGGUGUGUUAUCCUGCUGAGAGAGUCCACUCUCAUUAGAGAACACCACCAUGGAGGGGUGAACGUUGCCUGUAAGUGUUUAGGUAGGUGUUCUGCUACCAUGGAGGGGUGAACGUGGCCUGUAAGUGUUUAGGUAGGUGUUCUGCUACCAUGGAGGGGUGAACGUGGCCUGUAAGUGUUUAGGUAGGUGUUCUGUGUCAAAGUAACAUCCACAUGAACUCCAGGACCCAGAAGAACACUGACCAGAGAAUCGCACACGUCUGCUGGCUGUGUCCUCUGCCCGUAGUACAUCCUGCUCCUUCUCUUCCCCAUACUUAAGUGACACACAAACACUUGGAGGUCCACAUGAUGUAAAAGAAAAUGUCUCAUCAGACUAGGUCACCUUCCACUGUUUUAGUUCCGAUACUCACGUGUCCGUUGUAGAUGCUUUCAGUAGUGGGCAGGGGUCAGCAUGGACACUCAGACUAAUGUGACUACACAGCCCCAAAUGCUCAGGUGCGAUGCGUUGUGUCUUCUGACACCUUUUAUGGUCUGUGUGAACGUUUCCAGCAGUUUGUACCACUGUAGCCCUUCUGUGAGAUCAGACCAGACGGCUCUUCGAUGCCCACAUACGUCGGUGAGCCUUGGGCGUCCGUGACUCUGAUUGGUUGUUUGGUUGUCCUUCCUUCGACCACUUUUAGUAGGUACUAACCAUUGCACACCAGGAUCACCCCACGAGACCUGCUGGUGUGGAGGCGCUUUGACCCAGCCGUCCAGCCGUCACAGUUUGGUCCUUGACAGAGUCGCUCACAUCCUCACAGUUGCCCAGGGUUUCCAACACAUUGAUUUCAAAAAGCAACCAGUUCCGUAGAGAUGGUCAGAACUGCAGUAGAGUCCACAAUAGACAAGUGCUUAUGAAGUUGGGGUGUGUGUGUGUCCAGAGUCACUUGACUGAAAAUGCUGAAGUCUGAUUAAACAGUACCAUGUAAAGCAGCUGAAGUCUGAUUCAAUAGCUGAGCUCCCAGCUAUAUUUGCGCACACAUCUGAUAUGUCUUAUACUUAUCAGACUCAGCCGUCCUGCUUGUGAAGUUUUCAGGACUACCACAAGCCCGUGGGGCGUGACAUAGAGGACCUGAGCUUCAGGUGACGAGGUCAGAAUCUGACUGUGUGUUUGUGUAGUGUUGUUUACUUCCCUGUCACUGAGAGCUGUGUUACUCUGAUGUGUGUGAGAGCGGUUAUAUAAUCUCUCUCACACACUUGUGCACACUUUCUCUUAUUGUCUCAUUUUCUAUUGCAGCUCUUCACCAGCCAAAAUACAAAACUGAUAAAUUCUCUCUCUCUCUCUCUCACACAUCCACUUGUGUGUGUGUGUGUGUGUGUG